AUGGUGCUUUGCUCCGUAAUUAGCUCAACCUGUACCUACUCCUGGGACGUCAUCAUGGACUGGGGUCUGUUGGACUGCAAGGCCAAGGACAACCCCGGUCUGAGAGACGAACUGGUUUACCGGUUUCGCGCCUACUACUAUUGUGCUGUCCUGGAGGAUCUCAUUAUCCGCUUCUCCUGGGCUGUGAAUCUCAGUUUCAAGUACGCCUACGUCGUCGAAAUUGAGAUCGUGAAGACUGUGGUUCUUUUCGCGGAAGUUUCAAGACGAAUUAUCUGGAACUUCUUCCGUCUAGAGAACGAGCACUUGAAUAACUGCGGUAACUUCCGUGCCGUCCGUGACAUCUUCGUCACACCCAUACGUAAGAGUAUGUUUGUGGCAAUUAACAAGGACAGCAUGGUAACCAACGCUUCUAACCUUCGAAAUGGCAAUGCCCUUGGCGGAAAGCAGAGGUUACCUCGACAGCCUUACGAAGAUGACGAUGACGAUGGCGGCACGCUUAGAACCGACGAUGUCCUCGAUGGACACCCUUACCAUAAAGCACCUCCACCUCAAGUUAAGGGGGAGUAUGCAACCAUGACCAACCCGGUGACAUCGACGGUCAACUCCAAGAGUCUUUGGCAUUACCUGCGCGAACUCUACUUCAAAAACCGUACUGAACAACGCAGGAAACAGGGUAUCGAGGUGAUCUCCAAUAUGGAGAGUGCUCUGCGUGCUGUCGACCAUCAGACG